AUGGUCCAUGAGAACAUCAUUGAUGCAAUAGAGAAUUUCGACCCCAAGUAUUGCAUCGGAGUGGGAGGAUUUGGAAGUGUAUUUAGAGCAGAGUUGCCAAAUGGUCAAGUGGUUGCUAUCAAGAAACUUCAUGGAAUGGAUGAUGGUGCCUUCAGGAGAUCAAAAGAUUUUGCCAGUGCGAUCCGUGCACUAACAAAUAUAAGGCAUCGCAACAUCGUGAAGCGGUACAGAUUCUGUUCACAUGCACAACACACCUUCUUAGUUUAUGAUUUCUUGGAAGAGAGAAGCUUGCUGCACUUGUUGAGCAAUGAUGUAACAGCAGCCAGGUUAGAUUGGAUCAAGAGGGUAAACAUUGAUAAAGAUGUGGCAAAUGCAUUAUCUUACAUGCAUCAAUCCUAUUUACCUUCUAUAAUUCAUCGAGAUAUAUCUAGCAAAAAUAUUUUAUUAGAUUCCGAGUAUCAAACUCAUAUUUCUGACUUUGGCACUGCAAGAAUCUUGAGGCUUGAUUCAUCUCCUAGACUUCAUUCGCUGGAACUUAUGGAUGAUCUGCUCCAGCAUCUAGGUGAUUCCAUAUCGUCAACAUUGUCAGCAUCAUCAUCUACUACAGCAGCAUAUGAUACACUGCUGAAAGAUAUUGUGGAUCCUCGACUUUUGUCUCCAAGUAAGCAAGAGUCAAAACAAGUGACCUUGGUGGCAAAGCUGGCAUUGUCAUGUAUAGAACCCAAUCCUCAGUUGAGCCCUAAAAUGAAGCAAGUAUGCAUCCAGCUAUUGAAAGAUAUACCAUCUCAAUGCAACAUAUUCCCAAUGGUUACAAUUGGACAACUUCUGGACUUGAAAAUGGCAAUUGUUUGA